GAACAAAUUCGAUAUCCUCGUAAAAUUCAGGAACUCGACACUUUAGCUCAUACUGUUUACAAUGCUGGAGUCGAAAUUGAUGCUGAUCAUCCUGGCUUUAAAGAUAAAGAAUAUCGAAAACGUCGUCAAGAACUUGCAGAAAUUGCUUUUAAUUACAGACAGGGGCAAAAAAUACCGAAAGUUAAGUAUACGAAGAACGAAAUCAAAGCUUGGAACGCUGUCUAUGAUGCUCUCGUCAAUAACACAUUGCCCAAACACGCUUGUAAAGAGUACCGCCAAGUGUUCCCGCUAUUCCAGAAGCACUGUGGAUUCCAGCACGACAACAUUCCGCAGUUACAGGAUAUUUCUGAUUAUUUGAAAGCAACAUCCGGUUUUCUUAUUCGUCCAACUGCUGGAAUGCUCAGUUCUCGAGACUUUUUAGCAAGUCUUGCGUUUCGAGUUUUCCGAUGCACACAAUAUAUUCGACAUCACUCAAAGCCUUUAUUCACUCCUGAACCAGAUGCAUGUCACGAAAUUCUUGGUCAUGUUCCAUUGCUGGCUGAUCCUGAUUAUGCACAAUUUUCACAAGAAUUUGGGCUAAUAUCACUGGGUGCACCUGAUCACCUGAUUUCAAAACUUGCUUCUCUUUACUGGUAUACAAUUGAGAACGGUUUAUGCAUGGAGAAUGAAAAGAUGAAAGUUUAUGGCGCUGCUUUGUUAAGUGCGCCUGAUGAGAUUGAGCACUAUUUAUCCGGAAAACCCAAAAUUAGGCAGUUUGAUGCUAAUGUAGUGGCCAACGAGAAAUAUCCGCUUACCGAAAAAAAUUGGCAAUACUUUGUGGUGAAUUCGUUUGAAGAUGCAAAACGAAAUCUUAUGCAGUGGGCAUUACCCACUCGUAAGUGCCAAUUGCGGUAUAAUCCUCAUACGGAGAUUAUUGAAACCUUGGAUAAGUCAGAAAAUGUGAAAAAGUUCACUAGCGAGUUGAAAGGUAAUGUUGAUUCUAGUAAUGAAAAACACUUUUUGCAACGUUUGCAAUAA